ACCCUCUCUCUUGUCCUCCUCCCUAACACUCUCCCCUCCUGUACAUUUCUCUUCCCACCCUUCUUCCCUGUAUCCCAGAAAACUCAAAUUUCUGCUCACAGGGAUCUGAAGUGAAAGAAGUAAAGAACGAAACUGAGGGAGUGAAGGGGAAAUCCAAAUAUUUCUCUGGGAACAAAGCCCAUUUACAUCCAGCUGUUGUGACAGGCUCCCUCACAGGAAGUGACUAUGAGAACUUGGGUCAUUCUACUUUUAAUUCUGGUCCUAAUUUUAAUCAUAGAAGUUGAUGGUCAAAGGCGUAGACCUCGUCCAACAGUAGUUCGUCCAACUAAGAGGCCAACCCCACCACCGCCAGAACCUGUGGAACCCACAGAGCUGCCCCCACCACUUCCACCUGGACCUCCAUCUGUUUUUCCUGAUUGCCCUCGUGAAUGCUUUUGUCCUCCUGAUUUUCCUUCUACAAUUUAUUGUGACAGUCGCAAUUUACGCAAGGUUCCAAUUCUUCCGUCUCGUGCCAGAUAUGUUUAUCUGCAAAAUAACUUCAUUGAGGAUCUAUCAGAAGAGGCCUUCAAAAAUGCCACUGAGAUCCAAUGGAUCAACCUUGACAACAACCGCAUUAAGAAGGUAGACAAAAAAAUCAUGGAGAAAAUGGAAAACCUGACAUAUCUUUAUAUGGAGAAAAACCAGUUAAAAGAAUUUCCAUCUUAUUUGCCUCCACGGCUGGAGCAUCUUCGCCUCAGUCGCAAUCAGAUUUCCAAAAUCCCUGCUGGUGUCUUCAACAAAAUGAACCAUCUCAUCUUAUUGGACUUGCACCAUAAUAGGUUAAGUGACAACGUGUUUAACAAGAAUACAUUCAAGGGUCUAAAGAAUCUUAUUCAGCUGAAUCUGGCACACAAUAUACUAAGGAAAAUGCCUCCCACAGUACCAGAUACCGUGAAUCAGCUAUUUCUUGACAGGAACAAUAUAGAAGAAAUCCCCCCAAACUACUUUAAUGAUCUCCCCAAUUUAGCUUUCCUAAGGCUUAACUAUAACCAGCUGUCUGAAAAAGGACUUGCUAAAAACACGUUUAACAUUUCCAGCCUUUUGGUUCUGCAACUAGCCCAUAACCGAUUUACAACAGUACCAUCCAUUAGCCCUCAAUUGGAGCACCUCUAUAUGAAUGACAACAUAAUAGAAAAAAUUAAUGGUACUGAGAUUUGCCCACUACCUUUUGCUCCAAUUGAGUUUUUGACUGCAGAUUAUUCCUUCGUUCCACAUCUGCGAUACCUAAGACUGGAUGGAAACCAGCUGAAGCCCCCAAUUCCUCUGGAUGUUAUAAUGUGUUUCCGGCUUUUGCAGUCUGUGAUAAUCUAAAUGGCACAGUUUAUACCAUUAAUCCACCUUAGAUAUUUUGAUCUACAACAUUAUCCUAGUACAUCUGUACUAUCUUCUCAUGUACUUGACUUAUAUUAGACUCAAUGUGACUAUUAUGACAGUCUAAAAAUCCACGACAUAAAGGAAAUUUCUCUAAUAAAAAAAAAA